GUCCACCAAUAGGAGGCCGUCUGUAAAAAUCACUCAGUCCCUCCCCUCGAGUGAAUGCCAGAGAGUUUCUUGAUGGCGACAGAUCUGCCAAUGACGCCAAAUUAAAUGGAGAAAAUGGAAUAAAGUGUACAGAAGACAAAGAAACAGAGUUAAAAGAAGAUUUGAAGAAUGGACGAAUCCUUUGAUCCACUUAAAUGUACUGAAGAUCUGCCUUCCUCUCCUGGGUGCCAUAUGGAAUAUGAUGACAUGCCAGAGCUGCAAGAGGUGGAGGAGGACCAGAGGUCUCCAAACCUGUUCCAGGUCACACCUGGGCUGUCUCAUCAAGAGCUCAGCUGCUCUCCUAAUACAAACUGGCUCACUGAGCUUGCCAACAUCGCCACCAGCCCCCAGAGCCCCUUACUGAAGGACGCUCCACACAAAAGAUCUUCUCCUGUCCACAUUUUUGGAAACAGCAAUAGUUUACAUUCCUAUGCCCGGCCCCCGCUAGCCAGUAGUGCACCCAACCCGUCCAGAAGCCAUCUUCGGGAGCGCAGGCGUGUUCGGGCCAGCAGCGAAUCUGAAUCUGGAGUCUUCUCAAUGUCCUCCUCUUUCUCUGAUGAUGAAGACAUGGCCUGGUCUCACUCCUGGCCCACAACAGCGUGGCAUUGUUUUCUCAAAGGGACAAGGCUUCGUUUCCAUCGAGGGCCGAAUGUGGAGUGGCAGGAAGCAGAUGAACUUAGAGACUCUGAUGAUGAUUCUGAUGAGGAAACUAUGAUGCCCUCAACAUCCCUGAAAAGAUAUGGAUCCGAGGGGCUGAAGCUGAUGAGCCAUGAGGAGACUGUGUCUUAUGGUCAGGCAGUUCUUAAACUGACUUUUGACCCUGGUUCACCCGACCAAAGCCCUCUAACCGCUGAGUGUCGGUUGGACCACCCAUUUUUUGUAAAAAAUAAAGGGUGGUCCUCCUUUUAUCCGAGCCUUACUGUGGUGCACCAUGGUAUCCCUUGUUAUGAGAUGCAGCUUGGUGACGUAUGCCUGCCGCCAAACCACCCAGAUGCCAUAAACUGUGAUGACUCAGUUGUUUUUGACACUUUCAGAAGCUAUGACUUCACCCCACUUGACUCUUCAGCUGUGUAUGUCCUGAGCAGCAUGGCCCGCCAGCGCAGGACCUCUCUGUCUAGUGGGGGCGCUGUGAGUCCAGACUGUGAUAAACUUGAACGCUCCUACUCUCCACAAUCCUCCAGCCACAGAUCCAGGGCACACACCUCAGGGACAGCCAGCAGUGCCACGCCAACCAAAUGCAAGAGGCCCAUGAAUGCCUUUAUGUUGUUUGCUAAGAAGUACAGAGUGGAGUACACUCAGAUGUAUCCUGGAAAAGACAACAGAGCCAUUAGUGUCAUUCUGGGCGACAAGUGGAAGAAGAUGAAGAACGAGGAGCGCAGGAUGUACACCAUGGAGGCCAAAGCUCUCGCCGAGGAGCAGAAGAGACUCAAUCCAGACUGUUGGAAACGCAAGAGAACGAACUCGGGCUCACAGCAGACCUAGACAAACUCCCAGAAUCCCUCGCUGCGGGAGUCAAUUGCUGCAAUGGACAGAGUCUGACAGACCGCUCUACGCUCCUCCUGUAUUCUCAAGACUGUGAGACCGACUUCACUCUCUUUGUGUAACCUUGAAACCUUAUACGGACAUGUAAAGAACUAUGACCUAUACGCAAAACAUGUAAUCUAGUCACUAACCUUGCAUUAUAUUUUCUUAUCUCUUUUUAUGAUGCCCCAUUCCCCUCGGACAGGAUUGAAUUUCAGGUUAUUUCAUACUCAAUAGUGGUGCUAUGCUUUGGAGCUGCAAUUUUAAAGCAUUUGAAUUUGUAAAAAAAACAACAA